AUGUCGCCAGGCAACCCUGGCUUUUUAGACAUCCUUCCUCAGGCCAUGCUGAACCCUGCUCCCCUGUGACCUGGUCCUGGGUCCAUGUCUUCCGGAAAUCCAGUCUCUUUCCUGCCACAUCCUCAGGACAGCAAGGUUUAAAAGGGUGCUGAUUCCCCUAGGCCAGGACAGUCAGGGAACCCAAGUGCCUGGGGACAAAGAAUGCAGUGAGGGUAGCCAGGGAAACUUUUAACCACAUAGCCAAGAUAGACUUUCCCGGUUCAAAUCCAGACUCCUCCAUUUUCUAUGCUGUGCUGUCCAAUGCAGUAGCCAUCAGCCACAAAGGGACUAUUUAAAUUUAAUUUAAUGUAAAACUCAGUCACACCAGCUGCAUUUCCAAGUGCUUCAAAGCCACAGUGGCUAGUAGCUAGUAUAUUGGAUGGCACAGACUAUAGAGCAUUUCCAUCACCACAGGAAGUUCUACUGGACAGUGCAAUUCUAGAUGAAUGACCUUGGACAAGUCCUUAACCUCUCUGUGCCUCAGUUUCAUUUUCUGAAAAACUGGGGUUAAUAACAGUACCUAGCCCCUUAAGGUGGUUGUGAAGAUUAGAUAACAUAUGCAAAUAGAACAAUUAAUACACAGCACAGAGUUAGUGCUCAAUAAAUGUUCAUUAUUACUGUCUAGGACAAGAGGGGCAGAGUUCAAGUCUUCCCCUCCUUACAGUGACACCUGGGAACCCACCAACCUGGCACCUCUGAUACCCAGAGGCUGGGGAGUGAUGGCUGCUGUCUUAGCCCAGCCUGGGCCACACCUGCUCAGGCCCCCAAACUAUGCAUCACCUAGAAUCAGCAGGCUCCUCGCUUUGUGCCAAGGCCGUGGUGUCCCCUCCUCUUCGCCCACCAAGGCUGGGUGCCCCCUUGUUCCCUGCCGGGGCAGGGCAGGUUUGCAGCGGGGGCUAGAGCGUGAUGUCUGGAAACACUACCUUGGGUCCCUGGGGAUUAGGCACAAGGGCCACCUGACUGUGGCCUGGGCUUGAGGCCUGGACAGCGAGGAGGAGAGAAGGAGCAGAGCUCUGCGAGGGCUUCCCCCUGCCUCUCCAGGACCCAGAUUCUCAGGGGAGACUGAGCCACUUGGGAGGCGCCAAGGUGUGUUCGAUUGUAACGAGCUGGGCCUGCAGUUACAGGAAGGCCCGGAGCAGGGAUAGAGUUCAAGGAGCGCCCUCCUGUCUUGGUGCUCUCUCCCUGUCCCCUCCUACCUCUCUGACAUCUCCACAGCCUCUUUCUUGGUCUGCCCCUCAAGCCUUGCUGCUCCCCAGACCCCCUCCUCUGCCCUUAUUUAUUCUCUCUUUGCUCCUGUAUUUCUCAAAGUGUUUCCGUGUCAGAGCAUCUGGCAGUCAUAAGGGAUACCAUGAACUAUCAAUGUAAUUAAUUCCAUAAUUAGAACUGGGAACAGUUUUACUAGCAGAAACUAUGAUGAUCAUCUGUGUGUGCAAAAUAAAAACCCGCUAUAGGCACACGCACGUAGCCAUGUAGACAGCAAGCUGUCGAGUGAAGUGUGAUGGGCUGUUGCCACAUUUUCCCGUCAGUGUUCCUUUUUGGCUUGUCAGUUGCUUUAUCGCACGCUAGCAGGCAAGCGGUAGCAGGCACCAAAGGUUGGAGACAAAUUUAUGGGAGCAAAGCCCAACACGGGGACCAGUCUCUUCAUUAACACAUUUCCCUUUUUGAAACAGGCAAGUGUAAGCAGAGUCCAGCAGUGGAACUCUGAGUCGUGGUUUGUUAUGAAUACUCUCCCCGAGUAAUAUGGUCCCUGCAGCCCCACCUCUCCACCAGGACUCCCUUGACAGUGUCUGCAGUCUGUGUCUGCAGCCUCUCUCCUGAGUGCUGCCUCCUGGGUAUUUCCAUCUGCUUCUGACAUCCAUCCUGAGGCACCAGCACUCACCAUGUCCCAAACUGAGUCACUUCUUGGAUCACUCCUUGAGAUCUUGGAAUGUCCUCCACCCAUUUGUCUAAGCCACAGCUGGGAACUCUCUAUGUAUUAAAUAUCCCCUGAAUCCCGAUCCUCUUCUUGGUCCCAUCCUUGGUCCCUGCUAGCCUAGAGCCCAGCCAAAGCCUUCCAGCUGGCCUCCAGCCCUCCCCUCUCUGGUCUAUCCACCACCAGGUAAUCUUUCAUCAAAGUAAUAAACAUUUGAAAAGGCCCAUCCCACCAUGUCCUAGACCUGCUUGAAGACCACCUGCACCUCAAGGCUAAUGUAUGGCUCCCGCUGUACCUCCACACAUGUGCUGGGAUGUUGGUUCCUUUGCUCAGUCUCCACUGGAGCAGAGAGGGCAAGAGAGUCUUUGCCACCCUUGGACCUGGAUACCUGGCACGUGGCAGGCAUUCAGUAAGUGCUUCUUGAAUGCAUGAAAGAGGGUGGGCUUCUCCAAAAUCUCUAGGGACUCCCCCUUACCCAUUCAGUACAGCCCAGACACCUCCCUGAUAUUUCAAGCCCUCCACGAUAUGGACCCGAACCUAUUCUUCUUUAAUCCCUCACAGCCUCAGUGAAAUGGCGAUAGAGAAAUGACAAAUGGUGGGGUGGCUUGAGGAUGGACUUACCUGGUUUGGUAACCUGGCUUCUGCACUUAGGAGUUCUGCGACCUUCAGCAAGGACCCUGAGUGGGCUCAGCCAGACACACGCCACCCAGCAGCACGUGGGGCUGUCCCAGACUGUCCGACUUUAUCUGGCCACUGCGGCCAAUGGCCAGCUGACCUCCAAUGCCCUGCCCAUGGGGCCAGGCCCUGAACGGAAGGAUGGUGCCCAGCAGGCAGCAUAUCUGGGCCACCCGUCAUCCUCCUGGGGGCUGAAUCUCACGGAGAAAAUCAAGAAGAUCAAGAUCGUCUUCACUCCCACCGUCUGCAAGCAGACCUGUGCUCAUGGGCGCUGUGCCAGCAGCUGCGAGCGUGGCGACACCACCACCCUGUACAGCCAGAGCGGCCACGGGCAUGACCCCAAGUCUGGUUUCCGAAUCUAUUUCUGCCAGAUCCCCUGCCUGAAUGGAGGCCGCUGCAUUGGUAGGGACGAAUGCUGGUGCCCCACCAACUCCACUGGGAAGUUCUGCCACCUGCCCGCUCCCAAUCUGGACAGGGAGCCUCCAGAGAGGGGGGUCCACCACAGGGCCUCGCCACAGGGCCCCUUGAAGCAGUCCACCUUCACGCUGCCUCUCUCCAACCAGAUGGCCUCUGUGAACCCCUCCUUGGUGAAGGUGCACAUCCACCACCCGCCUGAGGCCUCCGUGCAGGUCCACCAGGUGGCUCGGGUACGGGGCGAGGUCGAGGAGGCCCCAGAGGAGAACAGCGUGGAGACCAGACCCUCGCCCUGGCUCCCCGCCAGCCCCGGCCAUGGUCACUGGCACAGCAACAGCAUCCCGGCUCGGUCUGGAGUGGUUCCUCGGCCGCCACCCCCGGUGGUGCCCAGGCCUCCGGCACUGCUGGGCCGGUGCUACCUGAGUGCUGUGAAUGGACAGUGUGCCAACCCCCUGCUGGAGCUGACUGCCCAAGAGGACUGCUGUGGCAGUGUGGGAGCCUUCUGGGGAGUGACCUCCUGUGCCCCGUGUCCACCCAGACCAGCCUUCCCAGUGAUUGAAAAUGGCCAGUUGGAGUGUCCCCAGGGGUACAAGAGGCUGAACCUCACUCACUGCCAAGAUAUCAACGAGUGCCUGACCCUGGGCCUGUGCGAGGACUCGGAUUGCGUGAACACCAGGGGCAGCUACCUGUGCACCUGCAGACCCGGCCUCCUGCUGGAUCCAUCCAGGAGUCGCUGUGUGUCGGACAAGGCCAUCUCCAUGCAGCAGGGGCUGUGCUACCGGUUGCUGGGGCCCGGCACCUGCACCCUGCCUUUGGCCCAGCAGAUCACCAAGCAGAUAUGCUGCUGCAGCCGAGUGGGCAAAGCCUGGGGCAGCAAGUGUGAGGAGUGCCCCCUGCCUGGCACAGAGGCCUUCAAGGAGAUCUGCCCUGCCGGCCACGGCUACACCUACUCAAGCUCAGACAUCCGUCUGUCCAUGAGGAAAGCUGAGGAGGAGGAACUGACCAGGCCCUCAAGGCAACAGGGGCAGAAGAGCAAUAGGACCCUGCCCAGACCAGCAGAGAGGCAGCCACUCCGGGAGGCCACCGGCACCUGGCUGGAGGCCGGGACCAUCCCUGACAAAGGUGACUCUCAGGCUGGCCAGGUCACAACCAGUGUUACCCAGCUAUCUGCCUGGGUCCCAGGAGACGCCACAGGAAGACCAACGCCGCCACUGCCUGGACAGGGGAUCCCGGAGGCCCGGGCAGAAGAGCAAGUGACCGCCCCCACCGAUGUGCUGGUGACCCCGGCCCCGUCAGGCAUUGACAGAUGCGCUGCUGGAGCCACCAACAUCUGUGGCCCGGGAACCUGUGUGAACCUCCCUGAUGGAUACAGAUGCAUCUGCAGCCCCGGCUACCAGCUGCACCCCAGCCAGGCCUACUGCGCAGAUGACGAUGAGUGUCUGAAGGACCCCUGCAAGGGAAGGGGGCGCUGUGUCAACCACGUGGGCUCCUACUCCUGCUUCUGCUACCCUGGCUACACGCUGGCCACCUCGGGGACCACACAGGAAUGCCAAGACAUAGACGAGUGUGGGCAGCCCGAGGUGUGCAGCGGGGGGCGGUGCACCAACACGGAGGGUUCCUACCACUGCGAGUGUGACCAGGGCUACGCGAUGGUCAGGAAGGGCCAUUGCCAAGAUAUCGACGAAUGCCAUCACCCCGGCACCUGCCCUGACGGGAGAUGCGUCAACUCCCCUGGCUCCUACACUUGCCUGCCCUGCGAGGAGGGCUACAGGGGCCAGAGUGGGAGCUGUGUAGAUGUGAAUGAGUGUCUCACCCCCGGGGUCUGCACCCGUGGAACGUGCAUCAACCUGGAGGGCUCCUUUAGAUGCUCUUGUGAGCCGGGCUAUGAGGUCACCUCAGAUGAGAAGGGCUGCCAAGAUGUUGACGAGUGUGCCAGCCGGGCCUCGUGCCCCGCGGGCCUCUGCCUCAACACGGAGGGCUCCUUCACCUGCUCGGCCUGCGAGAGUGGGUACUGGGUGAACGAGGACGGCACCGCCUGCGAAGAUGUGGAUGAGUGUGAAGACCCCCAGAGCAGCUGCCUGGGAGGCGAGUGCAAGAACACGGCUGGCUCCUACCAGUGCCUCUGCCCCCCGGGCUUCCAGCUGGCCAAUGGCACUGUGUGUGAGGACGUGGACGAGUGCGUGGGAGAGGAGUACUGCGCACCGCGCGGCGAGUGCCUCAACAGCCACGGGUCCUUUUUCUGUCUCUGCGCCCCCGGCUUUGCCAGUGCAGAGGGGGGCGCCAGCUGCCAGGAUGUGGACGAGUGUGCAGUCACUGACCGGUGUCUCGGGGGGCAAUGUGUCAACACUGAGGGCUCCUUCAACUGUCUGUGCAAGACUGGCUUCCAGACCUCCGCAGAGAGUGGGGAGUGUGUGGACACUGAUGAGUGUGAGGACUUCGGAGGCUCGGCGUGUGGGGCCUGGAGGUGUGAGAACAGCCCCGGCUCCUACCACUGUGUCCCGGGCUGCCAGCCCGGCUUCCAUGUGGCCCCGACUGGAGACUGUGCUGACAUAGACGAGUGUGCCAACGACACCAUGUGUGGGAGCCACGGUUUCUGCGACAACACCGAAGGCUCCUUCCGCUGCCUCUGUGACCAGGGCUUCGAGACCUCGCCCUCCGGCUGGGACUGCAUUGACGUGAAUGAGUGCGAGCUCAUGCUGGCGGUAUGCGGGGCGGCACUCUGCGAGAACGUGGAGGGCUCCUUCCUGUGCCUCUGCGCCAGCGACCUGGAGGAGUAUGACGCUCAGGAGGGGCGCUGCCGACCGCGGGUGGCUGGAGGUCACAGGAUCCCUGAGGCCCCGGCAGGGGAACACCCCCCAGGCCCCAUCCGCAUGGGAUGCUACUCUGGGCAAAAGGGCCAGCCGCCCUGCUCCAGUCUUCUGGGCCGGAACACCACGCAGGCCGAGUGCUGCUGCACCCAGGGCACCGGCUGGGGAGAUGCCUGUGAGCUGUGCCCAGCCGAGGACUCAGUCGAAUUCAGCGAGAUCUGCCCUAGUGGGAAAGGCUACGUCCCUGUGGAAGGAGCCUGGAUGUUUGGACAGACCACAUACACAGAUGCCGACGAGUGUGUGAUGUUUGGGCCUGGUCUCUGCCAGAACGGCCGGUGCCUCAACACGGUGCCUGGCUACAUCUGCCUGUGCGAUCCUGGCUACCACUACGACGCUGCCCGCAGGAAGUGUGAGGAUCACGAUGAGUGCCAGGACAUGGCCUGUGAGAAUGGCGGGUGUAUGAACACGGAAGGCUCUUUCCACUGCUUCUGCAGCCCGCCCCUCACCCUGGACCUCAGCCAGCAGCGCUGCGUGAACAGCACCAGCAGUGCGGAGGACCUGCCUGACCAUGACAUCCACACGGACAUCUGCUGGAAAAAAGUCACCAAUUACGUGUGCAGCCAUCCCCUGCACGGGCGCCACACCACCUACACUGAGUGCUGCUGCCAGGACGGCGAGGCCUGGAGCCAGCAGUGUGCUCUGUGCCCCCCCAGGAGCUCUGAGGUCUACGCUCAGCUGUGCAACGUGGCCCGCAUUGAAGCGGAGCGGGAGGCCGGGGUCCACUUCCGGCCCGGCUAUGAGUAUGGCCCUGGGCCCGAGGACCUGCACUACAGCCUCUAUGGCCCAGACGGGGUCCCCUUCUACAACUACCUGGGCCCCGAGGACACCAUCCCUGAGCCGCCCUUCCCCAACACGGCCAGCCGCCCAGAGGACCGCACACCGGUCCUUGAGCCUCCCCUGCAGCCCUCAGAACUCCAGCCCCACUACGUGGCCAGCCAUCCAGGUCUGUGUUGCUGCAAAAAUGGGGAAGAGGUGGGCUCUGAAGCUGUUUCACUUCCAUCUCCUCCAUCUGCUCAUCACUGUCAGCAGGAGCACCAGGCCGGCUUUGAAGGGCUUCAGGCCGAGGAGUGCGGCAUCCUGAACGGCUGUGAGAAUGGCCGCUGCGUGCGCGUGCAGGAGGGCUACACCUGUGACUGCUUCGAGGGCUUCCAGCUGGACAUGGCCAACAUGGCCUGUGUGGAUGUGAAUGAAUGUGAUGACUUGAACGGGCCUGCAGCACUCUGUGUCCAAGGUCACUGCGAGAACACGGAGGGCUCCUACCGCUGCCACUGCCCCCCAGGUUAUGUUGCCGAGGCAGGCCCCCCACGUUGCACCGCCAAGGAGUAGCGGCGAGGGGUCAGUGCAGGCGGUUACCUGGAAGUGGGCCCUGGCCACAGGCGGGGCCUUGAGGAAGCUCUCCUAGUUGGGGGGACGACAUGAAGACACCGGGCAGGAGGCCCUGCAGCCAGCUCCCAGCCAGCCUCACCUGCUUUUCAUCUCCCCCAGCUUCGGCUCUGCCUGUGAGCUUCUGUCACCACCUCCACACCGCCAUGCCCUUACUUGGCUCAACCACCACCAAAUGCUUUAAUGCUUCAACCACUGGCCGUGAGGCCCAGUCUGCCAUCUGUCCUGGCCUUGCUACGGGAUGCUUACCAAAGGAUGGCCCUGAACCAGCCCCUCAAGCUGUGCAAACAUGCAAGGUCCUUCGGCCUCACACUGCACACACCCUUUUCCAGCCAUGAUCCACGUAUCAUCCUGAUGAUUCCACACCUGGAUCAGAGGCUAUAUCUGCCCUGGGAUGGUCCUUCAGAAUCUAUCAAGCAAAAAAGGAUUGGGGGGAGUUUGGGGAGUGACUCCAAUGCCUCCUCCCAAGAACCAUCACCACCACUCAGCAAAUCUGGCCUGGGCCAGUUGUGCCACAUCUCCACCUUGCUGCCAGUUCUGUGGCCCCGGGGAGGGGCAGAAGAUCCCCUCAUCUCAGAGAAGCAAGACUGAUACUAUAUUGCUAGUAAGAGACACAGAUGAAGGGGAGCAAGGAGCCUGAGAAAGCAGCAAAAAGGCAAUGUAAAAAAAUAUGGGGAGUUGAUUAAAAAAAGGGGGAGCCAGGGCUUUAUACAAGUCUAAAGAAGAUAUUCAGUAGCUUCAGGUAAAUAAACAUUCAGAAUCUACCCAGCAAUAGCUCCUGUACACCACAGCAAGGGCUACCACAAAGCAGGGUGCCCACCUCAGAAGACCUCUGUUAAAUACAUACUGCUUCUUACAGGAAACAAAUCUCUCCUGGGCUCUCCUUUUGUGGACACCAGUUUGAUGUGCUAAAAAUAAAGAGGUCUAUUUUCUAGCUUAUGAAAUACAGUGUAAUCUUGUUUAGGGGAAGCGAGAUUUCCUACGUUGUUUCUUCUCUCUACUCAGAGGCCUCUGUCCUCUUCCCCUUCAUAAAACGGCUGGCUGGCAUCCCACUGAGUUUACAAGUAGAGACUCACUCCAACCUUGGCUAGCUGGGAGUUUAAAACCACGGUGGAAUAAAGAAAUGUACAUCUGG